CUGACGUUUGGAGGUUUUUGAACCAGAGCGGCGCAAACAGUGGCUCGAUCGCGAGUUUUUCGAUGCUUUAUGACAUCGUUCAAAGUUUGUGUGGAUGAAUAUUCGCAGUCGAAACACGAGGGUUUCACAGCUACAGACAUAGACUUUGUCACUGAAGUCUGAAAGGCUGCAGGCCAGAGGAAUCUGAGACGACGCCUUUAAAAUAUGUGUCAGGAAGUCUGAGUGUCGCUCCUUGGCGUUCAAAACAAGAAACCCUUUGUUUACGUCAGAAGAACAUUAGACCAGUAUGGCCAAUGAAACGACAGUGCAAACCUCAUCUAUUGAGGAAAAUCACAAUGCUGAUGAUGACUGGGAAAAUAUUCCACCUGAAAUCUCUACCGCUGCCGAGUCUUCAGAGCUCGGCGAUGUGGUUGGAUAUUCCUCCACACAGCCAAGCGGAGGAAGUCCGCCUCUGUCUGACGUUUGCGCCUUUUCGACACCAGCUCCGACAAGCAGCAGCGACGGCGGAGGCAAGGCAAAGUCGCGGCUUUCCGGGCUCCAGUCUGCUCUAACACCAAUUUUAAAAUACUUGAAUAUUAACAAUAAAUGUCGGUCUCCUGUGUCGUCAAAACAAGGUAACGCAAACAGUCAAAAACCAAAUGACAGUUCGAACCGACUUCUUCACCCAGAUUUCUUAAGCAGCCAUUGUGGGCCGUCAUUGGUUGGUACCAAUGCUUCUGUGAGCUUGCUGGAGGACGAAUAUUUGCCAGAAAUUACUCUGCUUGAUGUGACAUGUGAUUCAACGAUGCAAGUGACAAGAAAUGAUUCGGCUCUUCCUGACAGCGUGCCUCCCUCGCCCGUCACAGCCCGGCCUGUUUGCUCCCCGCUUACCGCUCACCGGCCCUCCAAGUUGACUGCCUCCACUAGUUUAAACACGAGCACUCCGAUGCCCGACGUGAAGAUGCAUGACCCCCUUGAGAGCUCUUUCGCUCCCUGCGUUGGCUGGAUGACAGAUACUUCCCAGAAAUUACUCUCCUGGAUGUUACGCGGGAUUCUGAGCCGUCGCCAGGAGCAGAAAGGUCCUCCAUGAACAUCACACAGGACAUUUCCCCGGCGGAAGCUUCAGAAAGCAACGCGGCUUCCACUGACCUCGGUGGACAAAUCGCAGCACAGCCCGCCACGGUCGACGUGAGUCAAAGUGUGGACUUGUCCAAUACUCUUGAAGGUAAUGUCACACACACCAGCAGCUCUUUGAGUGAACCGUCUAAGUGUGGAGUGCGAAAUGGAACAAAAGCUUCCUUUGAACUGACUCGGGAUAUUUCUGUGAGCAACGCUUCAGAAAGUAGUCGGCUUUCAACGGAGCCAAGCGGGCAGAACAUGAUGGAUGCUCACACAGCAGCUGAGGACACUCUUGAAACCCAUCCUGUUAAUGUCACACGUGACCUGAGCUCCUCCAGUGACACGUCUGUUCAGAGUGCUGUGACACAGUUCUCCACCUCUGACAUGCAGUGUGACUCCAGUUCAAAGACGGUAACCUCUGAACUACACCGUGAGCCUGUUGUGACCUCUAAUGCCCGAGAGCUACAUACUAGCCACGAUGCCAGGGCGUCGAGCCUAAGCCCCAAAGCAGCCGGGUCUGCGAACGACACGUUCACUGUUGCUCAGUCGGCCAAUCGAAGUUCCUCAAGCAGUUUAAGCGGCGCGGCUCAAACGCCUCAGAAUAAGACGCUGGAUCUUCCCCCAUCGAAUGUAAACAGUCCCAGAGCGGAGAGUGAGGCCAAAGGUCAGGCUUCUUCGCUCUCAAGCAACACAACUGAAAACUCCCUCGUGGUAAGUUGCUCGGCUGUAAAAACAAAUGUCUCAUGUGACAUGCCAAAUGCCACUUUCGAUAGGAAUUCUCUACAAAAAUCCAGUGGGAAUUCUACAUUAGGAGAAGCUGCGGCUGGAACUUUCUGCCUCCAGAACAACACUUUCGAUACCAAACCUCCCCCUCAGCAGAACUACACGAUUACUCUGUCAGAAACGAGCGACUCCCUCCACAACAGUAUGGACAAGCCGUCUUCUUCGAAGGUCUGCGAUGCAACAAGUAGCCCUAAAAACCCGACUCCUGAACCCCAGCCCCCUGAAACAUCUGAACAGACUGGCUCUAAAGCUGGUACGGAUCCCAAUGCCAAGGUGGCCGGUGUGCCUGAGAGCACGUUUGAGGUGGAUCCAGUUGUAGAGAAAGCUUCUAGUGAAUCGAAACUCGGGAUUAAGGAUAUUUCACAAUCAGGGCAACCUAUGACAGACAGUCCUUCUGACACUUCAGCCUAUCAAAGCAGAGAUUUGGACGGCAGCAAAGCGAACACAUUCAACUUGGACGACACCUUAGAUUUAGCAGCAGCCGCUUUGAUAACUUCAACACCAAUGCCAAACUGUAAAGUGUUCAACUUCAACAAUGAACGAGAGACGGGCAAAAUCCUUGGGGCGACGAAGAAGCUGUACGGGGACGUUCCCAGUAAGCCAGACUGUCAGGUGACAUCAGACAUUCCUUCCAACAUUGUCUGCGACAGAAAAACAUUCCUCACCAAGCCCGCUGCCAGAUCUCUCCUGCCUCCAUCCAAAUCUACAUCCCACCUGUUGAAGUACAAACCAGCCUCCACACUUCCAGAAAGGUUUGAGCCGCUGAUGUCCGGCAUGCAGAUGAAGAGACAGAAGAUGCAGACUGAAGCUUUGAGGAGUUCUGCAGCUUCUGAUGCACCCCAAGUGACUACAGGGAUAUCAAGCGCCUACAACUUGAGGGCCACAACAACAGGAUCCAAAAAGCCCAAUUAUGGCUUGCGGAAACCGCAGGCGGUAGGCAUGCCAUCAGGCGUCCAGAGAGCUGCCGCUGGUCUCAGGCCGCCAUCAACACGAAGCAAAGCACCAGCAUCGCCAACUUCUUCAGGCACAGAAAAACUGCGGGCGCCUGCAGUUUCUGCACUGGGGUUCACUGUGGUUUUAAAGAAUAUAACCAAUUGCAAAAAAGCAAAAUGUAAUAAAAUUAGCCCAGCGACGAAGAUUUCACUAGCGAAGAAGCAUCCCUUAAGCCGGGCUGAAGCUUUGCAAGUAGCAGCAAAGAGGAGGAAAAUGGAUGCUCCAUUACCAUCCAGUAAUGCUGAAGCCUCAACAUCCUCCUGUGGUGCAGCCAAUAGAGCCAAAAACCUGAAACAGCCUACAACCAGCCAGAGGCCUUUGCCAGCUAAAACCCAAAGAGAAGAUGCCGCAGCACAAACUGGUACUGCUGAGACCUCAACGUCUUGUGACGCCGCCAGCAGAGCCAGAGUCCUCAAACAGCCUGGAACCAGCCACAGAGCCCCACUAGCUAAACCUCAAGCCCAUGGUUGUGCCAACUGUGUUGCUCUUGAACAGCAACUUAAAAUGAAAUCGGAAGAAAUAAGGAGACUGAAAGAAGAGUUGCUGAAGUACCACAAAGAAGAGGAGGAAUGCUAAUAUAGUUUUAAAGUCACAAUGUCUCACGCUGUGCUUAACUUUUUUUUUCUUCCAAAUAAAUGUCCUUUUUAAUGAGAAAAAAUACAAUAUAUAACUCUUUACUUUCUGUCCACUAUGUAAUGGUAUGUAACUGACUGACCAGCAUUUACUUACAAACAUAUAAAUCUGGUCACUAAAAACACCACAAUGCAAUACAACACUGACAAGAACAGUGUAAGGACUUUAUAAAGCUCAGUUUGUGAUGAUAUUGAAACACAAUGUUGCCCAAUGUCAGUGUGAAUGUGAGAUGUAUAUUAGUAGGCAAUGAAAUGUUAAAACCGUGUAUGUGUUUCCUUUUAAAUUUUCUCUGUUUUAAGCCUCAAAUAUGCAGUUUUACAGAUUGACAAUAUCUAAUAUACAUGUGACAAAAUAAAUAAAGUCAUGAAGCGUAACGUC